AGAGAGAGAUAGACAGAGAAGGAGAGAGAAAGAGAGAGAGCAGUGUGUGUGAGAGAGAGAGAAAGAGAGAGAGAGACAGAGAGAGGGUUUUGUGUCCGUUUUUUCUGUUAAAUAAAUGUUAAACAAAGAGAGAGCGAUGGUGUCGGACCAGGACAUAGCGAAAGGGGUAGAGACUGUGCUCCGUCAAUCAGACCCAAACGCCGUCACCUCCUUAGACGGUGUCGUUCAGCAACUCGAAGCCAAAUUAGGGUUAGACCUUUCUCACAAAGCUGGCUUUAUUCGUGACCAGAUCAGCCUUUUACUCCGGUCACACCCAACAACCGUAACAACAGCAACAUCAACCUCCUCCUCCGCCGUCACACAUCAACCUGCUCCGCCGCCGCUGCAGCAGCAGCAGCAGCAGCCACACCUGCACCCACAAAAUCUUCAUCUUUCACAAAAAGACCAUUUUGCCCUCCAACAUCACCCUCAAUUCCAACAAUUCCCUGCCCAUUUUGCCCUAAAUCCUCACCAUCCUCACCACCACCACCACCACCACCAAGUUUUCCCUCAGGACCUUAACUUCCGCCAGCCACAGGUGCCAGCGCAGACGCAUGCUUCGGUGCCUCCGCAGCAGCACCAGCAGCAGAGGCAGCAACCACCGCCUAUUGCUAAAAAUGAGGUCUUUUCCCAAAAUGCUACUCCUGUCCCUUCUGAAUUACCAAAGGAAAGUGCUCCCGUUGGAGCUAAAAGAAGAGGUGGCCCGGGUGGGUUAAACAAAGUCUGUGGCGUUUCACCUGAGCUUCAGGCUAUUGUUGGUGAGCCAGCUUUGCCAAGGACUGAGAUUGUGAAGCAAUUAUGGGCAUACAUAAGGAAAAAUAAUCUACAAGAUCCAAGCAACAAGAGAAAGAUAAUUUGUGAUGAUGCCCUGCGUGUUGUUUUUGAGACAGACUGCACUGACAUGUUCAAGAUGAAUAAGCUGCUAGCUAAACAUAUAAUCCCCCUUGAACCUACAAAGGAGUCUGCACAAGCCAAACGAGCAAAGGUGGAUGUUGAGUCCACAACUGAAAAUGCUGAACCUGGUGCAUCUGUAAUAGUGAUAUCUGAAGCACUUGCAAAGUUUUUGGGUACUGGAGGGAGGGAGAUGACCCAAUUAGAGGCAUCAAGGCGUGUCUGGGAGUACAUUAAAGUUAACAGAUUGGAGGAUCCACUGAAUUCAAUGGUGAUACUAUGUGAUGCAAAACUCAGAGAGCUGCUUGGAUGUGAAAGCAUUUCUGCAGUGGGGGUAGAAGAGAUGUUAGCACGCCAUCAUUUGUUCAAGCGAUCAUGAUUUCUGUGGCGAUUAUGAGUGGUGGAAUGGAAUGUUUUUGCAACCACCACACUUCUGAUGGUAGAACAGAUAGUGAAGAACCUUAAAAUUUUUUUUGCCCUUUUUCUGUUCUUUUAUUUUUGUCAAUGUGAAUUAAGGUCGUUAGCUGAUAUGGUGAUUUACUCUAGUUUGUUAUGAUCAGGAUGAAAAUGUACCAUGGGCCAAUGGCAAGUAUCUUUGUAGUCAUGCCUUUGCCCUGGACUUAGGCUGUCUUGCUAACUUUAUUGCUAUUUAAAGUUAUCCAUGGCUAACCCUCAUAGUAGGUAACAGCAGUGGAAUUGUAAAAUCGUCCUUCCUUGAAAGGAUCCCUAUGUGUAUCUUAUUGAAUAUUUAGGCUGUUGCUUUUAA